AUGUACAGAGAGUGGGCAGUGGUGAAUAUUUUCAUGGUGUCUUACAUGCAGCUGGUGAAGGGCUCCAGUAACGAACAUGGACCAGUGAAGCGGUCAUCUUGGUCAAUGUUAGAACGCUCUGAGCAGCAGAUUAGGGCUGCUUCUAAUUUGGAGGAACUACUGCGAAUCACGCACUCUGAGGACUGGAAGCUGUGGAGAUGCCGGCUGAAGCUCAAAAGUUUUACCAGUCUGGACACUCGCUCAGCAUCCCAUCGGUCCACCAGGUUUGCCGCAACUUUCUAUGACAUUGAUACACUAAAAGUUAUAGACGAGGAGUGGCAAAGAACCCAGUGCAGCCCUAGAGAGACGUGUGUGGAGGUUGCAAGCGAGCUGGGGAAGACCACCGACACAUUCUUCAAGCCCCCUUGCGUGAACGUGUUCCGGUGCGGAGGCUGCUGCAAUGAAGAAAGCCUCAUCUGUAUGAACACGAGCACCUCGUACAUUUCCAAACAGCUUUUUGAGAUAUCAGUGCCUUUGACAUCAGUACCUGAAUUGGUGCCUGUUAAAGUUGCCAACCAUACAGGUUGUAAGUGCUUGCCAACGGCCCCCCGCCAUCCAUACUCAAUUAUCAGAAGGUCCAUCCAGAUCCCAGAAGAAGAUCGCUGUUCCCAUUCCAAGAAACUCUGUCCUAUUGACAUGCUGUGGGAUAACAAUAAAUGUAAAUGUGUUUUACAAGAAGAGGAUCCACUUGCUGGAACAGAAGACCUCUCUCAUCUCCAGGAACCAGCUCUCUGUGGGCCACACAUGAAGUUUGAUGAAGAUCGUUGUGAGUGUGUCUGUAAAACACCGUGUCCCAGAGAUCUCAUCCAGCACCCAGAAAACUGCAGUUGCUUUGAGUGCAAAGAAAGUCUGGAGAGCUGCUGCCAGAAGCACAAGAUAUUUCAUCCAGACACCUGCAGCUGUGAGGACAAAUGCCCCUUUCAUACCAGAACAUGUGUAAAUGGAAAACCAGCAUGUGCAAAGCAUUGCCGCUUUCCAAAGGAGAAAAGGGCUGCCCAGGGGCUCCACAGCCGAGAGGAUCCUUGAUUAAGCUUUGUUCCAAGUUCCCCAUCCCUGUCAUUUUAAACAGCAUUCUGCUUUGCAAAGUUGCUGUCACUUUUUUUUCCAGGUGUUAGAAAAAAAUCCAUUUUACAUAGUAGUACCACAGUGAAUCCAGACUAACCUUCCA